AUGGUAAGGAAAGGCGAGCAAGAAGAAUCUGAGAUUGGUUUACCUGGAGGAAAUGGUCAGCUAUUGACACUUGGUCUAGGACUAUUGGUCACAGCAAUUGCUGCAGCUUAUGUGACUUGGCUUGCUAAGGUAAUGUCUCUAUUGCAAUUUGCAAAAAUAGAACCACUUGUCUGCAAAGAAUACACCAAUAAAUGCCUUGUUCUUAUACCUUACCACAAGGGUGGAAGGCAGUUGCAUAUUGGAUUCCAGGAAUUUACUGAAGAUUUGGCAACUCGUUCUCAUGCAAUCAUGGAUCAUCUACACUCCAUAAGGGCCAAAGUACUCACAGUUUGCCAAUCCAGAAGCAAGGAUAGACUAGAAGAAGAGGGAGAGGAUUCCCAAGAAAAAGAGGGGAGAUCAUAUGGUUCUCUUAUGAUUCAGAGAUUAACUGGAAGUGAAGAAGGACGGAUUGAUCACAUGCUUCAAGAUAAAACAUUUGAGCAUCCAUACUUACAAGCCCUUGGAGCACAUACAAACUAUUGGAGGGAUCAUGAUACCGCACUUUUCAUAUUAAAACACUUGUUUCGAGAUAUACCUGAAGACCCCAACUCACCUGCGGGAUCUAGUGGGGGCAACUCAAAAGAAGAAAGUGGUUCCAUAGGUUGGUUUGAUCAAAGACAGCCUGUUGAUGAAGAACUUCCAUUAACAUUCUCUGACACAGUUAUGGUUAGAAAUUUUUCAAGAAAAGCCAAGAAGAUUUGGAAGAAGCGCUGAUGAUAGUAGCAGUAUUUGAAUUCUUGCUGCAUGCCUUUAGAUGCAUCAUGCUGGUGCAAUUGAUGACAAUUGAAGCAAUUUUUGUUAUUAUCAUAUCACUGCAUUCUGGGCCAAUUAUCUCAUAUUUUUAACAUUGUAGAAAAGUCCUGAAAUUUAUGAUUGUGUCAUGCUGCGAUGGGAAUGCUAGUCAAAGUUACAAUGAAAAGUAUAUGCCAUUGUCCACACCAAGGCUCACCCUUGAAAUGUUGUUUGAGAAUGAGGGGAGUGGGUUAGUUGUGCUAUGUAGCAGAGUAGUAGUUGGUUAAAUGGAAGUAUACUUGAAACUAAUCCCUUUGGGAUUUAGGUGAAAUCAAAUGGACAUAUACAAAAAGUGUAUAGUGUUGUUCAAAAAAACAUGUAGACAGUGGCAUACAAUAGAAUGAUAUAGAAAGGUGUUAAUGGAACUCUCUCUCUCUCUCUCUCUGUGGGUGAUGAGAAUUGCAAAAGAUGGUGUAAAUUUGUAGCUUUAUUGUAUAAAAAUACUCCUUUUGUGGUGAUUUUUUGAGCUAUCAAAUGGAAAACUGUCGUGGUGUGUAA